AUGGUCAAAAAUAAAGAAGUCCGGGAGGGCUCGGCUCGACUCCUCGACGCAGAGGCAGAGAUCCCCGAGGAUCGUCCGAUCGAUCGUCCACCCAAUUCAAGAAACCUUUCAAGAGGGGGAUCGGACGGCAAGAGGUCGGAUGGGACGGGGGGCCUCAGCUAUCAACGCAGCCUUGAUCCCCUGGAAGCCAACAUCUACUUGGAUUCCUUGUUCGGGCCAUUGUACUACAAGUUUGACCGGAUACGGACGGAGGGGAAAGCCGCAGCCGAUCCCCGGAUCUCCGACUACCGGCUCGUGAGUGUUUUCAUGCUUCUCAACCUAAUCACCCAGCUAUCCAUAGCCUUCAAGAUCUAUCAGGUGGGAGAUCAGACCUAUGGAUCCAUCAGGGACAGCUUGAUGGGCACUACAUGUUGGAGAGUGUCGCGCCAUCCGGAACUUAUUGGACCGGUCUAUCCCCGGCGUGUGCCAGGCUUGCAUGACGCCUUGGAUUCGGAUUUUGACUGCACUCCGCCGGUCCUCACACUGUCCAUUUUCCCUGAGAGUUUGGAUACCAACAACGAUGGGUUUUGGUCGGAGGAGGAGGUGAGGGAUCGCCAGGUGCUUAUUCACAGCCUUGGAAGCACCAUGGCCAAGGAAAUCAACAAUACCAUGUUCAACAUGGCCGUUUAUGAUGAGAAGAACCGAAAAGGCUCGCGCAGUGUGUCUAAAGGCUCGCCGAAGCUGGACAUGGAUUUCUUCAAGCAUUACAAGGGAGAGAUCCAGGUGUGUGUCGCCAACGACAAGAACUUGUGUGGGAACCUCGCAAGCGCCGGUCAGCUGAAUGGGAAGGUCGAAGGCGCGCACAGGCAAGAACGUGUGGACAAGUGCGGGGACAUUCUCGAGACCUUUUGCGGAAGGAUCUUCGGGACAGACUACGUGUGGAUCCAUCACCAGUUCCAGGACAUUUGUGGCCAAGCAGUUUUCGAAAGAAAAGACGGAGUCAACAUCGUAAGCUAUGCUGCUGUGAAGGCAUAUCGAGGUGAGGCUGAUUCGAUUCUUGGUCGUGUCUUCAUCAGCUUCCUCGUCUUGAUGAUCUUCGUAUGGGUCAUGUUGAUGACAAGCGAGUAUCGCCAGAUCUACAACUUCUUUUACGUGGUUUGGAACACACGGUCAACCGAAAACUCGGACCCCGACUUUGUGGCCGAAACCGACUCGAAGCUCACCGUGAUGAGGCUGCCCAUCAGCCACAAAAUUUUCGCGUUAUUGUGCAUAGGCUUGCCACGGAUUGUCAUCGCGUCCGUUGUCAUGGUCGUUGGCUGCAGCUUUCUGGCGAUGACCAAUAACUUGCUGGAUCUUGUGCUGAACAGCACGGCCCUUGGCUUCCUCAUUGAGGUGGACGACUUGAUCCACACUGCUUUGUUGGGCAAAAACUUUGAGAUCCAAGUGAUGAACCACUUCGAGGAAAUUUCCGUUGAAUGCCAAGUGCACGGAGCAGCGAGCUCCUACGCAGCUUUGGUGGUAUCGCUUCUGAUUACGGGAGUUUUCGUCACAUAUACAUACUUGCGCCCAAAUGGAUUGCAAGAUGUGGGCUAUGGCGUGGAAUGUCUGUGUCACCUAGAAGGCAAUUGCUACGCACAGCGGUUGCUGCGCGAGCUAUAA